UGGCAGUGCCCGUAUGGGAUAUGAUCCUGAUCCUGGCACCCCUGUAUGUACCCCCACUUUUUAAUGGGCUCAGAAUGCCCCUUACAGGAUAUUCCUACCCUUAUUGCCCAUGCCACCCCCAUACCCAUUGUUUGUAAAGACAACCAGGCCACAUUUACCCCCCUGCCAAGCUCCCUGCCUCCAUGCCCAGUAUUUGCCCCUGUUUGACCCAGACAGACAGUUAUGGGGGAGGGGGGUCAGGGCAAGUAGGUAGAAUAGAGAUGAGAGGGAGUCGGGGGAUGCCAGUGCCAGUUUCCCCUUGGCACCAGGUGGCACAUGAUUCCCUGUCGCUCACACAUGGCACCCACCCUCCUCCCUCUCACUCCCAGUUGGGCUGCGGUCUCUCCGGCUCCCACACUCGGCUCUGCCAGGGCAGCUGAUGGGCAGCACCGUGCACAGCCCCCCGGCCCUUCUCUGCCUGUGCCUGGCACUCACCGUCUGUGCCCCCCGGGGCAAUGAGCCCUCCCAGGAGCUGCCCCACCUCUUGCCCCCAUACUCUGGGGGGCGCUGCCACAUCCUCACCACUCGGCGCUGCUGCAACCGGGACCGGAGCGAGGAGAGAACCCAAACGGUGCUGUGCUCCUGUCUCCCCGGGGAGGUGGCCGGGACCACCAGGGACCAACCGGCUUGUGUGGAUGUCUCUAUAGUGAGGGGGAAGUGGUGGUGCGACAUGGCGCCGUGCCUACAGGGGGAGGAGUGCCAGGCGCUGCCCGAUGACUCCGGCUGGAUCUGCUACCUGGGCACAGCCGUCAGGGUCACCAAGAUUCAGCCUCACUACUGAUCCCUUGUACCCCCCAGGGGCUGGGGCAGGAAGAAUGGAGCCGGUGGGAGGGGCAUUGGCCAUAGUGCUGCCCCCUGACUGAAGCCCCCCCAAGCCAACUGCCCACAUCCUGCCCCGACUGACACCAACAGAAUGGUUUCCUAGCAACACGCAGUUUAUUCAUCAGAUGCUCACAAUCCUGCCCCUCGGGGGGCAAAUGUUUCCUCCUUCCGCCGUUGUGCCCCCGGGGGUCAGUGCGCCACUGGGCUGGACUCUUCUCCAAAGGGAUUGGCUAGAAAACAAAAAGUGCAGUUGGCACACUGGGCGCUGUGGGGCACAACCUCCCAACAACUGGCACCCCCUGGGUCUGCGCCCAAUUGGCCCCCAGCUCACUACCAAGCAGUGCCCCCCCCCCCCCGGGCAAAGGAUCAAUAGUAAUCUGUGUGCUGAUUGGCUACUCAAGGCACCACACCAAUAAAAGCACUAACUGCCCA